UAUCACUCCUCUCAUCUUCAUCAUCAUCAUUCAAAGCGACAAUGGCAGGCGGUCCGUCCGACGACAAUCCGCUGCCGCCGUUCUGGGAAGCGCGCUUUGAUCCUCGCAUUAAGAAAUGGUUUUACAUGAACCACACCACGAAGCAAACAACUUGGGAUGAUCCGCGAGAUGACGCGAAAAUCAUGGCACAGUGGAAGGCCGAACAGGCCAAAGAAGCGAGAGCGAGUGGCACCGUCAACCCUUCGCGAAUUUCUUCCAGCAUCCUCCCAAACCCGAGCUUUCUCGAUGCUGAGUCUUCUGACGACGACGGCAGCAGACGCUCAUCCGCUUCCAGCACUUCAUCGCUACCACUGGCGAAGAGCUCCAUCCCCGCACCGCCUCCUGCUCCUGGCAGCACCACCGCGAGAACGACGAGUCGCAUUCCUUCGCCUCCUCCGCAGCCGUCCGCUACUCCAAAAAAAGCCUCCGGCGCUGCUGGGAAAGCACCAGAGAAGACGGCCGAGCAAAAGAAGGCCGAGCUCGCGGCGUUCAUGAAAGAGAUCUCAGCAGCCAAGGAAGCUGCCAAGGUCUCUGCCGCGACAACAACAACGACGACUUCCAAGGCCUCAACAUCCAGUGCUGGCACGGCUCGCUCUCAAGGCUCAACGUCGACUGCGUCUUCUUCAGUCUCUGCCGAGCAGAAGAAGGCCCAAGUCGAGGCGUUUGUGAAGAUGACGGCCGAGAAAGUUGCUCGUGGGGGAGUCGGAGGCGCGACCACCGCUGCCCCCGCCAAGAAAGCCACCGAGCAGAAAGGCAAGGGCGCUGGUUCGAAUGCUGCUGGCGCAUCGAAAACCGCAGCCACCUCUUCCGCGAAGGUUGCCUCAAACUACAACCCCGCGACCGCUUCCGCAUCGUACAAGCCUUCCGCUUCCGGUAUUGCGUCGACGUACAAGUCAACCUUCCAACCCACCGUUUACAAACCCAUCCAGUAUACCAAUACUGAAUACACACCAAUGCUCGACUCCUUGCUGGGUCCGUUGCCUGCCUCGGCGGCGCCGGCUUCGUCUUCGUCUGCUGUCACCAGUGCUGCCCCGAAAGCCGCUGGUGCCAGUUCUUCUACUGCGGCGACGACUGCUACAAUUGCAGCCAGCAAUCUGGUCAGCGCUGCAUCUGCUGUCGGUUCUUGUGCGCGAGGCCCCGAUCCCUCGUUGAGGCGAGCCAAAUCCGGGUCGCUUGCUCAAGGUCCUGGCUCUCCGAAUGGCACACUGACUCUGGCUCGGGGCCCCAACUCUAGCCUUCGGCGCCAGGCGCCUUCUGCAGCCGUGCAGUAGCGCGCGGUUUUUUUGUGUGUUUGAAAUUUUUUGUGCGAGCCGACCAUGCAGUUGAAGAGUGAAAUGCGUUUGUUUCGCUCGUGACCGUCAAAAAAUCAGAAAACUGAAAGCUUAACUAAGAGUACAAUUUACAGG